UUUUCCAAUAGGUGUAAACUCAUUUCAUAUUUUAUGGAUUGAUAGUUUAAUAUCGAUAUCGUCGGCAUUCGUACAAAGUAGUGCUUCAAAUUUGGAGAGGUUUGUUGCCGAGUUUUAAUUUGACGAAAUUUUAUGCAUUUGUACAUUUAAAAGAAAUAGAAAGAAGUUUGAAAUUAAUACUAAAUUGCUGUUUAUAUACUGUCCAGAUUUUAACAAAAUGUUCCGUUUACCGCUAUCGUGUAGUCGCUUACUAAUUAGCCGUCAAUUAGGAGUACGCCAGUUCGCAAAAGAUGUGAGAUUUGGUCCAGAAGUUCGUGCACUAAUGUUGCAAGGAGUAGAUGUUCUUGCCGAUGCAGUUGCUGUUACCAUGGGACCGAAGGGACGCAAUGUUAUCAUCGAACAGUCUUGGGGAUCUCCGAAAAUUACUAAAGAUGGUGUUACUGUUGCUAAGUCUAUUGAAUUAAAAGAUAAGUUUCAAAAUAUUGGUGCUAAACUAGUUCAAGACGUGGCUAAUAACACUAAUGAGGAAGCGGGUGAUGGAACUACUACUGCUACUGUAUUAGCAAGAGCAAUUGCUAAAGAGGGAUUCGAAAAAAUAUCUAAAGGUGCCAAUCCUGUAGAAAUUCGUCGUGGUGUUAUGCUCGCUGUUGAUACUGUGAAAGAAAAUUUGAAAGCUAUGUCUCGACCAGUUAGUACGCCUGAAGAAAUAGCUCAAGUUGCCACAAUUUCAGCUAAUGGCGAUAAAGCUGUAGGAACACUCAUAAGCGAGGCUAUGAAGAAAGUUGGGCGUGAUGGCGUAAUUACUGUAAAAGACGGAAAGACAUUAAUUGAUGAAUUAGAAGUUAUUGAAGGAAUGAAGUUUGAUAGGGGAUACAUAUCUCCCUACUUUAUAAAUUCCACAAAAGGUGCCAAAGUUGAGUUCCAGGAUGCACUAGUUUUGUUAUCUGAAAAAAAAAUCUCUUCUGUACAAAGCAUUAUUCCUGCUUUGGAAUUAGCAAAUCAACAGCGCAAACCGUUAGUUAUUAUUGCUGAAGAUAUUGAUGGCGAAGCAUUAAGCACCUUAGUUGUUAAUCGCUUAAAAAUUGGAUUGCAAGUAGCUGCAGUGAAGGCUCCCGGAUUUGGUGAUAACAGGAAGUCCACUCUGAUGGAUAUGGCAAUUGCUUCAGGUGGUAUCGUUUUUGGAGAUGAAGCCAAUUUAACCAAGUUAGAAGAUGUACUAAUAAACGAUUUGGGUAAAGUAGGAGAAGUAGUUAUAACAAAAGAUGAUACGUUGCUACUGAAAGGAAAAGGCAGCAAAGAUGAAGUUCAACGUCGUAUUGAUCAAAUUAAAGAUCAAAUUAGUGAAACUACUUCAGAAUAUGAAAAAGAAAAAUUGCAAGAACGUUUGGCUCGUUUGGCAUCAGGUGUUGCAUUAUUACGUGUCGGUGGGUCUAGUGAAGUAGAAGUUAAUGAAAAAAAAGAUCGCGUAAACGAUGCUUUGAAUGCUACCCGUGCAGCUGUCGAAGAAGGUAUUGUGCCUGGAGGUGGCACCGCGCUAUUGAGAUGCAUUCCAAAUCUAGAUAAUCUAAAAGGACAAAACGAUGAUCAGAAUAUGGGAGUAGAGAUUGUCCGUCGCGCUCUCCGCAUGCCUUGCAUGACAAUUGCUAAAAAUGCUGGAGUGGAUGGCGCAAUGGUUGUUGCAAAGGUUGAAAUAGGAAAAGGAGACUUUGGUUACGAUGCUUUAAAGGGUGAAUAUGGAAACUUGAUAGAGAAAGGAAUAAUUGACCCCACAAAGGUUGUGCGCACAGCCAUUACUGAUGCGUCUGGUGUAGCGUCGCUUCUUACUACAGCGGAAGCCGUUGUGACAGAAGUUCCAAAGGAGGACUCAUCCCCUGGAAUGCCAAAUCUUGGUGGUAUGGGUGGUAUGGGCGGUAUGGGAGGCAUGAUGUAAUCACAUAUUUUUCCUUUUAAUAUUUUUUACAUGUUGUAUAUGUAAAUUUAAUUAAAAAUAGCUUUAAUUUCAAAUAUAAAUUCAAUUUAUU